GAUUCAGGAUGGAGGAGAAGUCCGGCGUUGACCCCCACAUGGAGGCAUCGGAAGGAGGCCUGAAGGAGCUGGUGCUGAGGUGGUUCACUGAGACACAGGCGCCGCUCAUCCUCAACAACGGAAACUUCCCGGACUGGUUUCAGGGCUUUGCUGCAAGAAAGGACACUGAAGAUCUGCUGAGAGAUAAAGCUCUGGGCUGUUUUCUCAUCCGCCUCAGUGAUAAAGCCAUCGGAUACAUCCUGUCCUACAAGGGCCACGACAGGUGCCGUCAUUUUGUCAUCACCCAGAAUCAAGAAGGACAGUUCGUCAUAGCGGGAGACUGUCAGCCAUACGGCAGUCUGACGGAGCUGAUCGAGUAUUACAAAGUCAGCCCUAUCCAGCCCUUUGGAGAGUGCCUGACCUCCAGUUGUUACGAGGUAAACACAGGUGAGCUGUAUGAUGUGGUGAAUUACAAAACCAAAGAGAAGCCUGGAGUGAGUGUCCAAGCUCUGCGGACUCUGUGGGACCAGAAACCCGAUCAUCGCGGCAACCCUGGCAAUAAUCUGAGGAUUCGGCAGCAAAGUGAGGCUUUGACAGCGCAGCCACCUGCACUGCCACCUAAAUCCAAAAGCAGGAAGCUGACGGGAGCAGUGUCUGUGGACACAAUGUCCCUCUCACAGGGUGUCCCUCCAGUCCCAAAGAGAGGUGUUCCUCUGGGCUUGUCCCUGAGCGGAUCUUUGCCUGACACGUCACAUCCAAGAGAUGCUGAGCCAGGCAGAGCAGAGAGACUGAGAGGAAACACAAACCCAGCGCUGAUGUCUGACUCCUUUAAUACCGCUGACACAAGCUAUCCAGGUGAUCUUUGUCCAGGGAUCACGUACUCUGAGCUGACGCAGGUGGAGAGCAGAAGCAGAUCUCUACCACGACUGAACAACAGCAGCAUGGAGGAGGAGGAGGAGGAGGAGUACUCGAACCAUCUCAGCAGUCCCUCCUUCACGUCCUCAGCGUCUCACUCGCCCGCUCCUCUGAAGAGGGUCACCUGUCACACCUACUCCCUCCACGACCCCAGAGACGGCUCGAGGCCGAGCAGCUCCAGGUCAGAGCGGCAGGGCGAUGAUGUGGAAACGUCCAGGUCCAACCCGCUGUACCAGGCCUCCGAGGGGCCCGGAUCAGCUCAGCACGGAGGGGGCAUGUACGCCGAGGUUCCCCAGAGACCAACGCCUGCCGGGCUGCCCGACAACACCUACGAGCAGAUCCCCGGGGAGGCCGCCGCCAUCCAGGGAAACACUUACGAGUCUGUGGAGGAUAUGAAGACCAAGAAGACCAAAUCCACCUGGGGCAAAAAUAAUGUGAACUGGAAGAAAUUCCUUCCUGACUACAAGAGGAAAUAAAUGUGACUAAAUGUGACAGUUUGAUAUUUUGUUGAUUGAGACAGUAAUGAAAUGAGUAUUAUGACCUUUUAUAACAUAACCUAGAGUUUUUUGUAAAGUAAGAGUCAUGGAUGUUAAGGCCACUCUAUAUAAAUCCAGCAGCAGUUAUCAUUGUGUAUAUUCAUGUUGUUUUCCUUUAAAUUUUAUCUCCAGAGUUUUUAUACAUUUUAUUAAACAAGAUUAAGAUACAUUAUUAUUAUUAUUAGCAUUAUCAUUAUUAUUCUUACUAGUAGUAGUGACUUUGUACAAUUAUGCUAAUUGUGGCAGUGGUUGCAUUAAAUGUGGUUCAGUAUUUACUCAUUUGUUUAAAUGAAAUUACUCUAAAUUCAGACAAAUUAACUUUUUUGUUUACUUUUGUACAAAAACAUUCAUCACUCACUAUUCAUUUAGUUUCUUUUGAUUUAUUUAUGGAUCUGUACAAAGCAGAUCGAUAGAUAGAUAACAUUUCCAACAUUUGACACCAAAAAUUACAUGAAGAUGGAAGAACUCGGAGGCGUUGACUGAGAAACAAACAAGCCGAUCAGACCAGCAGAGACUGUAUGAAACACACCUUGAUGCUGUUGACAGCUGAGUUGCAUUGUGGGUAAUGUAGGAGCCAUGUUUUGACAAGUAAAGUGAGGAAAAACAAUGAUCCAUGUUUUUAUUGUCUCUGUGAGUGUCUCAGUGUCCUUUAAUGAGUCUGAGGUCCAGACUCUGCUCAGACCUGCUGCAGUCUGAGGUCCAGACUCUGCUCAGACCUG